CCCGCGACUCGCUCUGCAGAGAAGCACCUCGUCCAGGCCGCCCCUCGAUCAUGGCCACAGAGCCGUCGUCGCACCUCGACUCGUCGUCGACCGCCGCCAGCGCACCUUACCCGCACCCUCCUCACUCGCACAACUCGCACGAGGCGUACGACAACACGUCGUUCGCCGCCAGCACCUCGUCGACUCCGUCCGCCAUCACGUACCCGCCCUACCUCGGCGGCAGCUACCCGACCUUCGCGGCGUACCCGCCAAUCCCGUACUCGACCACCAACCUCGCCCCGUCGACCGACGCUCACUCGACCCGACCCGCCAUGUCGACAUCGUCGACCUCGGCCGCACCCGCCGUCUUCCCCGGCAUCGGCCGCAUCCGGUGCUACUGGACCAUCCUCACGCCUCAGCUCGAAUACGUCUACCUCGACCCGACGCUCGCGUACCACAUGGGCGAGUGGAGCAACGCGUUCCGCGGCAGCAACGUCCUCGACUGGGUCCACCCGGACGAGCGCGAGCAGCUCGCCGACGACCUGCUCCCCAAGGAGGACCGCGUCGCCGGCGUCGAGAGCGCCGGCGUCUUCGGUAGCGUCACUCG